AGUCUCACCACUCUUUCUCCUGACUCCGAUUUCUUUCUCCCUACCUCACCCCAAGACUGUGAUCAUUCAACCCACCCACGCGCCUGCUCACGCUCGUCCAGCCCACGCGACAAGAAUAGCCCCACGACUUGGUCAGACCACAACCACCCCGCUGUGCUUGCUUCAUUUUUGGUACCCCGCCGUCAACUUUCGUACGCACCACACCCACCCAAACGCCUUCUCUGUAGUUUUCUCGCCAACGACCCAACACCCAGAGUCGCUUUUCUUCAUAUCCAUCCAUCACCCGCCCGCCCGCCCGCAACACACAUCACCCAACAUGGCCGCGAUUGUCGAUCACAGCCCACAGUCUCACUCCCCGCCUGGCCCCAACAGUGUGCGGCCCAGAGGCAUUUUGAAGAAUAGCUUCCAGAAUUCUCCUCCCACCUCUCCGACUCCCGAGCAAACCGAUAAAGAGGUUACCAUCGCGAAUACGCAGUUCAACGCCGGCCACCGCCGCUCCUCCUCGGCCGCACGCCUCGGCGGCGGCUCCAGGCGAUCUUCAAGCCACGCUGUUUCCGUCUCCGGCGGUGACGAGCAGGAGGAUCCCUCACAGGACUCCCAGCGCCUCAAGUGGGACGAGGCCAAUCUCUACCUCACCGAGCAGGAGCGCUCGUCGACCAUGAAGAUUACGGAACCAAAGACACCCUAUGCCAAGCACUACGACCCCUCCCGAGGACCC